GGCGAGGAGCGAGAGAAGCAGGUGUGCUUCCACUUCUCCAAGGGCUUCGGCGCCUGCCGCCUGGCCGCGCCAGACUCGAGGGGCUUCGAAGGGGUCGGGCUGGCCGCCGCCCGCUUCCGGCACGACGCGGCCGGAGCUGUUCGCGAGGCGGGGGCGUGGCUCGACGGCCUCCGGGUGGUUCUCGCGUCGCGGGACGCCGACGGCUUCCGCGGCG